AUAUGAAAGGCGGAAUAUGAAGAGCAAACGAACAGCAGCAGGGAAAAAAGAACAAGACAAGAGUCGGACGGCGGAGGGGCAGGCGCCGUUUGUUUUAUUUGGCCCGCGCAAACGCAUGAAUCGGUCGGUAAUACCUACGCCUGGUCUGAAUAGCCUCCCGCAGGCCUGAAUGAAAGGGGCCCCCAGGUUCGUCACAGAGGGAGGGGAAGUGACACGGAUGCCGGACAGCUUCUCAGCAGCUUGUGAAGCGAUGGAUGGGAGAUGAUGGAUCGAAAACAGCAUGGGGGGGGGGCGUGUCUGAGAAAGACUCGACGUCUCAGCGGAUGCCAGUCAUGUUGGGCGGUAACUGCCAGUUUAGAGGCAGCGUUAGCAGGUGUCAGAGCCUGAAAUCGAGUGCUGAAGCUGCUACAGGCCGCUGCAAGCAUCAGGCACAGCGCCUGACAGCGACGGAAAGAGGUACAAGCAGGUACCGCAGCUGCUCGACAGGCACCGCUAGCGCCCUAAUUGCUCCCGGUAGCGCACGUGUGCCGCGUGCCAAAUCCUUGUACCCUCCAGUACCUGUCCGAUUCGAGGGGCGUGUGUCAAUGGCCGCCAAACCCAAAACAAAGCCCACUGUAGGAGCCGCCUGCGGUGCAUCGGAACCAGGGGCUGGCAAGCUGGGAGGCUCCCUGGCCCUCAGCGACCUCUCACUGGAUUGCUACUGAUCCACCGCCCCUCCGCCUCACCUGCGCUGUGCGAGCAAAAGCCCGUCAGGCUCAUCAGGCCUG